AUGAGUUAUUCUCAUUAUUGUCUUCACAACACACAAUUAAAAGAUUACAUUGAAAAGUUUAAAAAUUCAGUUAAUGUAAAAUAUGUAUUAAAUGCUUCACCACUUAGUAUGGGUCUUUUAUGUGAAAUUGAUCCUCCAGAAUGGCAUCCUGCAUCUGAGGAAUUAUGUGAAAUUGUCAAACAAUGUACAAAGAUUGCCAAGGAUAAUAAUCUCAAUAUUUCAAAGUUGGGUAUUGAUUUCUCAUUAGAUUGGGAUAAAGCUGAUGCUACAGUUGUUGGAUUAUCAAAUAUGGAUGAAGUUGAUGACGUGGUUUCAAUUUUUAAUAGAGUUAUGGCUAGGAAGAAUGGUGAAAAAGAUCAUUGUUUAUCUGAUCUGGAGAUUAAGGUUUACGAAAAAAUUAAUCAAUUGCUUUCGCCAUAUCAUAAUUGGGAGUGGGAAUCUCCACCACCACCAUCUAUUACCCUUUGA